CCACCAUUUGAUUGGUGCGUGAGUUUCCCGUGGGAGCGCAUUCUAUACGUGUUAUUCGUUGCGCUCGGCUCUCACAUCGCGGCUGCAGCCAUUUUGUACGUCGACGACGCUUUGUUUACAAAUACAAGAUUUAUCGACGAUCAUCGCAACGAACAUUUGGAGAAACGACGACACGGCUGCGCGACGUCACAGGCUGAACGAAACAAGCAAACGAAAAGGCAGAGCACAAUGGGCGAACGCGACGACAAGGGUACGCGCGUGUAUGUGGGCGGCCUCACCGAAGGCAUCAAGAAGGAGGACCUCGAGAAUGAGUUUGAGAAAUUUGGCAAGCUGAACUCGGUGUGGGUGGCAUUCAACCCGCCCGGCUUCGCUUUCAUCGAGUUCACAAGCCACGGCGAUGCCGAGACGGCCUGCGACAACUUGAACGGCUCCGACUUCCUCGGCUCAAAGUUGCGAGUUGAGAUCGCACGGGGCACCGGACGGCGAGGCGGAUUCCGUGGCGGCCGCGGUGGUCCCCCACGUAGAGGCCCGCCUAGCGGUGGUGGUGCUGGUGGCGGCAAGCCGGGUGGCUUCCGCGCAUAUGGCGAUCGCAGUAAUGGCUUCCGAGGAAGCCCGCGUGGUGCCGGCCGGCCGCCGAUGGGCAGUCGAGGUGGCCGUUUCGAUGAGUACCCACGCGAAGAGCGGUAUGGCUCACGCGAGUACAGCCGCAACGGCAGCGACGGGUUUAGGCGAGGUGCGCGUGAGAGUUUCUCGCGUGGUCGUGGCGGUAGCGGCGGUGGUGGUGCCGGGGGUGGCCGACAUCGAUUCGACAGCAACUCGCGAUUCAGGUCGCGGUCGCCGGUCGGUGCGCCGCGCCGUUGAUUGGAGGCCAGCGAGCGACAACGCGUCCUCAGAGUGAUCUGUUUUUCUUAAUGUUCGCCCUUUAUUUUAUGUAUUCAUUCAUUUUAUUUCGCUGCCUGCGAUGUAUAGGGCACAGCGGAACAUGUAUACAGCGUUCGAUUUGCAAUUUUGCGAGUUUUGAGAGUUCAGAAAACUAUUUAAGUACAAUACUCAUAUAUGAAUGUAAAGUAUUACGACAUUUAUUUAUUAUGACGGUAACAAAUACUUCGAUUAAUACAAAUAGUGUAAUAAAACUUUAGUUUAAUUCAAAA